CUACGGCUCAUCGUCCAAUCGUAGCGCGUCUUCAAGAAAUUAGGCGGGCCUUUGCGUCACUCGUGUCUCCUUAUUUGGAUCGCCACCGGAUUUAACUUCCGGCUGCAUCGUCCUCUGGAUAUCACAACAAUGGGCAGUGUUUUGGCUGCCAGCUCCCCCAACCCUCCACCACCAGCCUCCGGUGGUGGUGCCGCCGCCGCCGCUGCCGUCCCGGGGUUGACGGUGCCGCCAGGCUUUGGGAUGCCUCCAGUUUCUUCGGUUAUACCCCCGAGUGAGGCGGCCUCGGGACAGCAGCAGGAGGCGGCAGAAAACCCGCUGCCUAACCCGGGUGCUUUUGACGAGUGUCACCGCAAGUGCAAAGAGGUUUUCCCGAUGCAGAUGGAAGGAGUCAGGCUAGUUGUCAACAAGGGCCUUAGCAACCAUUUCCAGGUGAAUCACACUGUGCUGCUGAGCACCAUGGGAGAUUCCACCUACAGGUUUGGGGCUACGUACGUUGGAACGAAGCAGAUGGGUCCAGCAGAGUUUUUUCCAGUCAUGGUUGGAGACAUGGACAACAGCGGCAGCCUUAACGCCCAGAUCAUCCACCAGAUCUCCAGCACAAUACGAUCCAAACUGGCCUUCCAGACACAACAGAACAAGUUUGUGAACUGGCAAGGCGACGCUGAGAUCAGGGGAGAAGAUUUUACCGCAACGGUUACACUCGGAAACCCAGACGUCCUCGUGGGCUCCGGUAUUGUCGUAACGCACUACCUCCAGUCCAUAACGCCGGCUCUGGCUCUGGGAGGCGAGCUGGUUUACCACCGCAGGCCAGGAGAGGAAGGCACGGUGAUGUCUUUAGUCGGCAGGUACACAGGCAGUAACUACAUCGCCACAUUGACACUCGGCUCAGCGGGCGCUCAUGCUUCAUACUAUCACAAAGCCAACGAGCAGCUGCAGCUCGGCGUGGAGUUUGAGGCGAGCACCCGCAUGCAGGACACCAGCGUGUCGUUCGGUUACCAGCUAGACGUGCCUAAAGCCAAUUUACUGUUUAAAGGUUCACUAGACAGUAACUGGGUAGUCGGUGCAACGUUAGAAAAGAAGCUGCUCCCGCUGCCGCUCUCUCUCGUCCUCUGCACCUUCCUCAACCAUCGCAAGAACAAGUUCCAGUGCGGCUUCGGCGUCACCAUCGGUUAGACCGAGCGGCGGGUUAUCGAACCCGCAGAACAGACAGACUCGCUAUGGAAGAACAGACUAUGCCAUGUACACUACCGUGUGUCCCAUCGAUCUCAAUCUGUCGUCCGAUUCGGCCAUUGUCAUGUGAACGCUACCCCAGAUCAUCAAAUGUGGUUAAAUAGGAGGUAACAGUGUAAAUCUAAUGCAUUUAAUCGUAAAAGACGAAUCACCUGAUUGAUCAGAGCUGUAACAAAUAAUGUAAUUGGUCAGGAAGUUGUUGACAAACCAAAAGAAACUGUAGAAAGACGUAACGCGUUAAGAGAGCUCUUUGUUUUUGUCACUGCGUUCAGUGCCUGUCGCUCCAGUUUUGAAUUUUAUUCCUGUUUUUGUUUUUUUACCGUAAAAUCUGUCAAGGAAGUCGUGAAUUAACGGUUACAGGCGAGUUUAUCCAGAAUGAGUGUACUGUACUGCAUGUCACGAUCACAAUCCAUCACUUGUUUUGUUGCCUUUUUUUUAUGUUACAAACAUGGAACAGUAUAUAUGACCUGUGUAUAUAUACCUCUUGGAAACUGAUAAAUAACAUUUCUUACAAAAA